GCCAGCUUAUGAUCAGAUAUCGUCAAUAGCAACAUACACCGUCGUCGACUCCAUCUCGAAAGUUCUAAUUAUUGCCGAGCAAGAUGAUGCAACCACAGAUAAUCGUGUUGAAGGAAGGGACCGAGGCUUCUCAGGGAAGAUCUCAGGUGGUUAGCAACAUCAAUGCUUGCCAAGUGGUAUCUGAUGCUGUCCGUACAACCCUCGGCCCCAGGGGAAUGGACAAGCUCAUCGUAGAAGGAAGUGGUCGGGUUACGAUAUCAAAUGAUGGAGCCACCAUAGUAAAGCUUCUUGACAUUGUUCAUCCGGCUGCCAAGACGUUAGUAGAGAUCUCAAAGUCACAGGAUGCAGAGGUUGGUGAUGGCACGACAACAGUGACCCUUCUAGCAGCUGAAUUCCUCAAGCAGGUGAAGACCUUUGUAGAAGACAAGGUCCACCCCCAGGUGAUCAUCAGGGCCUACAGGAAGGCCACUCAGCUAGCCGUUGACAAGAUCAAGGAGAUAGCUGUCAGAGUGCCCAAGGAAGAUGUCGAAGAGCACAGGAGCCUCCUCAGGAAGUGCGCUGCUACCACCCUUAGUUCCAAACUCGUAGCCAGCCAGAAGGAUUUCUUUGCUAACAUGGUUGUGGAAGCAGUCAGCUGUCUUGAUGACCUUCUACCCAUGGACAUGAUUGGUAUCAAGAAGGUCCAAGGAGGUGCUCUAGAGGAUUCAAUACUGGUGGCAGGUGUAGCAUUCAAGAAGACAUUCUCCUAUGCAGGGUUUGAGAUGCAACCUAAGAAGUAUGCCACCCCCAAGAUUGCUCUUCUAAAUGUCGAGCUAGAGCUGAAAUCAGAGAAAGAGAAUGCUGAAAUCAGGGUAGAGAGUGUCGAGGAUUACCAAGCGAUUGUUGAUGCUGAAUGGUCAAUCUUGUAUGACAAACUAGAGAAGAUUCACAAGAGUGGAGCUAAGGUAGUCCUAUCCAAGCUUCCCAUCGGUGACGUAGCUACACAGUUCUUUGCUGAUAGGGAUAUGUUCUGUGCUGGUCGUGUGGUCGAUCAAGAUCUCAAGCGUACCAUGCAGGCAUGUGGUGGCGCCAUCCAAACAUCCGUACAAAGCCUGACCGAUGAUGUCCUAGGAACGUGCGAGCAGUUUGAAGAGAAUCAGGUUGGAGGAGAAAGGUAUAACUUCUUCACAGGUUGUCCCAAGGCCAAGACAUGUACUCUCAUCCUCCGCGGUGGUGCUGAGCAGUUUAUUGAAGAGACGGAGCGUUCUCUUCACGAUGCUAUCAUGAUCGUUAGGAGAGCUAUCAAGAAUGAUUCUGUGGUUGCAGGUGGAGGUGCCAUUGAGAUGGAGCUUAGUAAGUUCUUGAGGGAUCAUUCCCGAACCAUCGCUGGCAAGCAGCAGAUUCUCAUAGGUGCAUACGCUAAGGCAUUGGAAAUCAUACCCAGACAGCUUUGUGAUAACGCUGGCUUUGAUGCCACCAAUGUACUCAACAAGCUCAGACAGAAGCACGCACAAGGUGGUACGUGGUUCGGAGUGGACAUCUACAGCGAAGAUGUAGCGGACAACUUUGAGGCUUGCGUGUGGGAGCCGUCUAUAGUCAAGAUAAACGCCCUUACGGCCGCCUCCGAGGCUGCCUGCCUGAUCCUCUCCGUCGACGAGACCAUCAAGAACCCAAAAUCAUCGGCCCCCUCGGACGAUAGACCGUACAAACCCAUGGGCAGAGGCAGAGGACGGCCACGCUAACGUAUGUUAACUUCCUAGAUGAUUAUUCAGUUUUGUUGUCGUCGUUAGUAAAUGUGAUCGCUGUUCGCUCUCUUCAUAAAUAAACAGUGCUUGAUAUGUGGACAAUUCAAUUCCAGAAGUAUGUGGGACCUUCCAGAUAAAUUUAAUUAUCCUGCCCUGAGCAGUUUUAGACGAUAAUGGGAAAAAAAGGAGUCAGAUGUAUAAAAGGUGUUAUUAUUUUCUGGAAUGCACGAAUGUCAGUGUUCAUGUAUAAGUAUGGAGCUUUUGGCUAUAUACUUUUAUGUGAAUGGUCUGAGAAGAUUAAUUUUCCUCAUGUAAGAGCAUAGGGCUAUUUGUAAUAAACAUAAGCAUAAAUUAAUAUGAUGAAAUAUGUGUACUCUUCAGGGAGUGGGUCAUGUACACGACCCUGUUCACAUUACAAACAAACUGACGGCUAAGGUAAGGAAAAUGGAUAGAAACAUAUUUUCAAGCAGUUUUGUAAUGAAUUUAAAGCUGUUUUUAGUUGAAAUAACAUUGUGUUGACAGAAUCGCUAUCCAUUCUCAGGAUUUGAUCUUAAUUUUCCAUUUAGAAUGUGCACUUUUCACUCGGUUAUGGAGCGUAAUGGUCGGUCACUAUUUUACCUUGGCAUUCAAUUUGUGAACCUGAUUACAUUCAUAUUUCAACAUGUUUGCCCGUCAAAUGCUAGUUUAUAAGCAUUCAUUAUUCCACUCUUCAAUGUUGAAUAAUGCAAUAGGUUUACAACGAACAAAAAAUAGGGUUGCAUUCCAAGAGAGCUCAUGCCCUUUGCAGAAAGAAUUUCAUUUAAACACAACUCAAAACAAAUGUAGCGCAAGUCCCUAAUACGCACCUUUCAUUGCUGAUCUUCGAAGCCAACGGAGGAAGGAGAAGAAUUGGUUGAAAGUCAAGUUGCGAUUGAUUUUUUGAGUUGCGUUUGAUCGCAACUCUUCCUGCAAUGGGCCCUCGGACCCAAAACCCAAAGCUCUAUGCUUGAUAGGAGGGUUCAUUACAUUACAUUGAUCACUGCAAUCAAUUGUAUCAAUCACUAAGUUUUGUGCAACAGGCCCCAAAGAGUUUGAAGAAUUUAUUCACUUUGAUAUUGAUCUAUUUUUCUUGUCUCGGGCCAGUAUUCUAUAAAUGUUUCUUAUCUCAUCUUUGCUCUCUCAGUUAAAAAAAAAGCAAAUAGAUAAAUAAAGGCAUACUCAUGAUAUGUAUGGAACUUAGAAAAUUGCAGUCCCUGGACCAACACACUAAUCAUAAUUGCAUGGUUUUUUAACCAAUUGCCAAACCAAUUUCUGAUUGCAUUGACGAUCAAAUGAAAUUUUUAGAGGAUGGGUGGGCCUUGGAUGCCGAUACUGUGGUGAUUGAUUCAGUGGAGAAGGGGGGGGGGGGGUGAUUCCUGAAGCUUCUUGUCAGUUACUGUCACUGACCGAUGUUAUAAGCUUCUGAAAUCCUUGCAUCUGAUUAGCUGGAAGCAAGUUGGUCAGUGAAAAUUACCAACAACCUGCUCCACGAAAUGCUUUCCAGAAGGUUAGAUUGUUUAAACUUAAAGAAGAAUUAAACUUAAUGCAAGUAUGAUCGAUAUAUGUGUUAAUUUGAAGAGAUAUGCAAUGUAUAGAUGUUGGCACUAGUACACUUCUUUUGUUUGAGUUUCCAUGUUAAUGCACAUUCUCAUAAGGUCACCAUGGAGAUCAUGAAAGAUCUUUAUCUUUAUUUUUUUUGUAUCAUAAAUUAUUCCUCUUUGAGGUUAAAAUCCAAAUGAACUUGAGAAAACUGUAUAAGUUUGACCAACUUGUGUUGUUUCAUAACCCAUGAAGUUGCAUCAGGUCUUUAUUCUUCAGGGAAUAGGGUUAAGAUGACACGCAUGUAAUUUGAUACAGAGUCUCCGAGAAGCUAGUGCGAUUGCAAAAGUUAUGGGGUCUUCAUCGCCGGGCAGCAGACGUGGGCCUCCUGUUAAGAUUGAAAUAUGGUUUCCUGCUUAUCGAGAAUAUCGAGAAACACACCAACGCCAAGAAGUUGAUAUGUUUACAUCGUCUUUUGGUGAAACAUCACCAAAAUAUAUCCUGACCAGAUGUGCUCUCGACUGUCGAUUUUUUGAAAUGGAAUAAGGGUAGUAUUAACCAAAUCAUCGAGGGCCAGUAACAUGAAUAAAAUAAAGUUUAGCGAUUGAUCAUGUGACUGACUUUUACAGUUGAUCGUACACAAUGAUUAAUGCAAUCGAUCGUAGUCAUCAGCACCACAAUUAUUUGCUAUGCUUAAGGUUACAGAGCCCAGGGCCCCGUAACGCGAAUGUGAGCGAUUAAUAACUGAAAUGGCCUAUCAAGAUCAUCGUUGCAUGCGCAUUUUUGCUCAGUAGACUGACCGGGAGCCAAUCACAAUCGUUCUCUCAAAUUUAAGUGAUUAAUCGCUAACCUUUGUGUUACGGGACCUGGGACUUCAAUUCCCAUGGGGGUAUAAGAAGUCUGUUGAUUAAGGAACAACAGCAUUCAUUGAAGGGGCCUGAUUGUUCAUGUGUUUAGUUUAGCAUUCAUACUCAUGCUGAACUGCUUCCGCCAAGCAGUGAUGCAAGGGAUCCUACUCCCACAUGAAUAUGAACUACAUGUAUCCAGCCCAUAUGCUAAAAAGAGGUUUCAGUUGUACCAUGGUACAAAAUUGUGGACUACGUACAAAUUUCUUGUUUUAUCACGCAUGAAUUGAGUGCCCUUUACCCAAAAUGUGCAUUUAUAAUUAGAUUUAUCUUACUGUGCGCUAUAAAAAUAAGCGUAUUUAUGAUAACUAAUUGAAACUAGGACUAAUUGAAACCUCUUGAGAAUAGGGGCCUCUGUGUCGCUCUGAUAAAAGACACAGAAUGAUCAAUUGAAGGGAAUAAUGUGUAUGUUUGUGCUGUAUGCAAAUUUAAUAUUCAUAAUUGCAUUGUUUCUUAGAAUCAGUGAUGUCAUCAAGAAUUACUCUCCAUAAGGGGCUAUAAGGAAUUUGUGUGUGAUAAAAGAUGAGCAGCAUUCAUUAAAGGGAUGGAUACAUUCCUUUGGUAUGCACUUUGCAAGUAAAUCAUCCAAACUCAUGUUGAAUCAUAACAUGUUACUGGUCAUGGCAUUGGUAAGCGCACCCAAGAGCGAUAUGAAAUUGCUAUUUGUCCACAUUUCUCAGUAUGAGCUCUAAACCAAACAAUUUAAUGUGCUGAUGACACAGCAAAAUAUCCACACCCCCUUCGCCCACUUGGGUCUUUCGGGAGCUCUUUUCGCUUGUUGUGCUCUGGGAACGGGUAAUCUGUUCGAAGGAGAUAUGCUCUUAAUACUUGAUUAGUUUAUGAUUCGCAUCACUUGCCCUUUCAAUAGAGUGAUCUUAAUCUACCGAUGUUAUCAUGCUAAAUGUUGGGGAGACACGUCAAUUCUCAGAAUUCAAUCUUUUUUCUGUCAUCUAAUUCAGUAUGUUAAGUCAGACGACGUAAAGGAUGAAGGAACAUGUCUUUUGUCCUGCUUUGUUCUUAGAACCGCAUGCAAUGCCCUCAAAAGUGCUGAUUAAGUGAAAAAUCUAGGUGGGUGUUGUUCGGUGUCUCCUUGCUCAGGCUUCUUCCUUCCAUUAAUCACUGUACAGCUCCAUGUGGUUUGCGUUUGGCAAGAAGUGCACUUGACGGGCCCGAUUAAGGCAGUUUUGACAUGUGCCUCUUUCUGUUACUCCCGAUUAGGCUGAGCCGCCUCAAGCCGACGAUGAAUUGGCACAUUAGGCGUUGUGACUGUCCUGUUGUCAGUGGAGGCCCAUUAGACCUGGCACAUGCAGGAAAUUGAAUCAAAGUGCAACCGCCCAGUUGGAUACUCGCGAAGAUUAAACAGGCCGAGAAUUAGCCCCUACCAUGCGUGUCUGCUCAGUGCUGGCUCGUUGGGGCUGAGCAAUCAGCUGCAUGGAGGGGUCUUUGAAAAGAACAUGAUCCACCGAGGGCUGAAUUUAAUUUAGGGACUGGUGCGGUGGGCACUUGGAGACCUAGAACCGCUUAACAGGGAGUAUUAGACCUAGAGGAAUAGUGAUUAAUUUGGUAAAGUCUGCACAGUCAUGUUGUCUAGGUUUAUGACCAAGGACGUUUUUCCUCCCGUUUUCUGCAUGUCUUUUUGUUUGUAAUGUCAUGUUAGAUAAUCAUUUCAGAGUUAUGUUCUGUGCAUUGUUUAUUUAUUUGAAGGUGUUAAUCACGUAGGGGGAGAGAGAGAUUUGUCCAGGAAACCUAGAUCAUCGUGACCUUUCAAGGUCACCCUUCGGUCAUGGGCAGACAUUUGCUGGAUCGGAUAAAAAAAAUAGUCUAUAUUGCAGACUUCACUGGUUUUCAAUUGUGCUAAGACUUCCCCCAAAUAUAUGAAAUGCUUCCACGUUCAGCUUUAGAUGAAACAAGUUCGAAAAUGGAAAGGUUCUUUCUGGCUCCUAGCCCAUGGUUUGUCUUUGAAAGGGAGAAACAUCUGUAAAUCUCUUUGGCACUUGUCUACAGAUAAACAUAAUAUAAAUCUUGUAAACAUUUUUAUUUCCUCCACAAAAUGUGUUUUAUUGGUCACUGCAUCUAUUUGAGUCAUUGUACAAGAGUUCAAUAAUUUGAUUAUGACAAAUAUAGAUAUAAAUGUAAUUAGUAAUUUAUGUCACUUAAGAAAAAAAAUGUUGCUCUGUACUAUGGAGUUCACAGAACAUGUGCAAAUUUUCCUUUUAUAUUUCGAUUUUUUUUGGUACUAUUUACAUUAGAAUGCCUAAAUGUAUGAAUUGCGGUGACUUUUGUACAGUUGCGUGAUUGUGUCUGUGACUGAUGCAUUUAAUCAAUUAAAUGUGGCCAUUACAUUGUGUGUAAUGCCAUGAAAGAA